CUCGCGCAUGUGCAGUUCAAUUUUGUACACGCUGAAAUUGGGAGAGUUGCGCUACUGUAUAUACUGUGGUUUUUAUCCAUUCUUUCCAAGUCUUUGCAAUUCUUUCCGCAAUCGAACCUCGAACAUGGAGAACCGUUCAAUAUCAAAGAAGAGGAAGUUUGUGGGAGAUGGUGUCUUUAGAGCCGAGUUGAACGAGUUUUUGACUCGUGAGCUUGCCGAGGAUGGCUAUUCGGGCGUGGAAGUCCGCGUUACUCCAAACCGGACAGAAAUCAUCUUACUGGCUACUCACACGCAAAGCGUGCUCGGUGAGAAGGGACGCAGGAUCAGAGAGCUUACCUCCGUAGUGCAGAAACGUUUCAAUUUCAAAGAGCCCCAGAAUGUCGAGCUGUACGCUGAGAAGGUUGCCACUCGUGGCUUGUGUGCUAUUGCGCAGGCAGAAUCCCUUCGGUACAAACUAAUUGGAGGUCUCGCUGUACGGAGGGCAUGUUAUGGUGUCCUGCGUUUUAUCAUGGAAUCAGGUGCUAAAGGUUGCGAAGUAGUUGUCAGUGGUAAACUGCGAGGCCAAAGAGCCAAAUCGAUGAAAUUUGUCGAUGGUCUCAUGAUACACUCGGGUGAACCGACUAACGAAUAUGUUAACACUGCCACCCGGCAUGUGCUUCUUCGUCAAGGGGUAUUGGGAAUCAAAGUUAAAAUCAUGCUUCCUUGGGAUCCCAAUGGCAAGAGCGGCCCGAAGAAACCUCUUCCAGAUUAUGUAUCUAUUGUAGAGCCGAAGGAAGAGAUACCUCCAUCUGUUCCGAUGUCCGAGGUGAAACCAUCUAAAGAUCUACCUCAACCUAUUCCUCUUGCCGUGUAACACAAUCAUUUGAAAUACAUUUAGAAGGAAAAUACGAAA